UUGGAAGAAGAAGCCUCUGCAGACGAAACCGCCAGAUUGGUCCUCGAAGGCGGCAUUAUACCUGCAGAUGAACUUGAUGCAGAGGAUGUACAGCAAAUGGACUUGGGAGGGAUCGAAGACGUGAGCUCCAUAGCGAAGCUAGAAGGCAGUAAACGAAUGGCAGACAUAUUAAAGGAAAUUGAGAAAUACCAAGCCAACCCCAGCAUGCCAGAAGCGAUGUCAUUACCCGCUCAUCUGAACCCGGAAUACACUCUCAUUGUGCAAGCAAAUAAUUUGUCUAUG